AUGUACGACUAUAGAUUUGAUGGAGAUGAACCAGAAGAAGAUUUUGAAGAGUUUGUAGAAGAGACUACCGAUACUCCUUAUACAGAUAUCGUAGAUCCAAAUCAACAACAAGAGGGUGCUGAACCUGGAAAGGUGCCACCACAUCUCAGAAAGACUACUAGAUAUAUGACCAAGUAUGAACGUGCUAGAUUGUUGGGUUCACGUGCUCUUCAAAUUAGCAUGAAUGCUCCUAUUAUGGUCGAACUCGAAGGUGAAACUGAUCCAUUACAAAUCGCUUGGAAGGAAUUGAGAGCAAAGAAGAUUCCUUUAAUCGUUAGACGUUUCCUUCCCAAUGGUGCAUACGAAGAUUGGUCUGUCGAUGAAUUAAUCGUUACAUAA